CUUAGCUCCUUCCCUAAUAUUUGGAUUAAGCUUCCUAAUAAACCUUAAUUAUUCUAAAAUAAAAAAAUAAAAAAUCCCACUGGAAAAUUAUCCUUUGAAAAGGAAACUUAAAGCUAUAUAUAUUAAUAUAUAUAAUUAAAUUGCAACGCGCUAACGCGCUCGCUUCUUCUUCCCCUUUCUCAUCAUUGGUCUUGCACGUCACCACCCUCACGACCUCCCCCCCACUCUCCAUAUUCUCUGUGUCUCUAUCUCUUCGUUUGAGACUACUCUCUCUCAUUCAUCUGCAUCUCCGCUCCCAUUCUGCCCCAAAAACCCAAACCCUUCACAGACACCACCACUCUCCUCCCAGAUCUCCGAUGCUAUGAGUCGCAGACAGCGACCACCACCGGCCCAGCCACAACCCCCCGGUCCACCCUACACCCCGAACCGCCCACCCAACAGAUCACCCCAACCCGACCCAUCUGACCAACCCUACAACAUCAUCCCCAUCCACAAUCUCCUUGCCGACCAUCCAUCCCUCCGUUACCCUGAAGUACGUGCCGCCGCCUCGGCCCUCCGCGCCGUCGGCGACCUCCGCAGGCCCCCAUACACUUCAUGGCGGGAGGACCUGGACCUUCUCGACUGGCUCGGCGUCUUCUUCGGCUUCCAACACGACAACGUUCGCAACCAGCGCGAACACCUAGUCCUCCACCUGGCCAACGCCCAGAUGCGCCUCCAACCACCGCCGGACAACAUCGACUCCCUCGACCCCACCGUCCUCCGCCGCUUCCGCCGCAAGCUCCUCAAGAACUACAGCUCCUGGUGUUCCUACCUCGGCCGCAAGUCCAACGUCUGGAUCUCUGAGAGCCGCCGCCAACCCUCCGCUUCCGAUCACCGCCGUGAGCUCCUCUACGUCUCUCUCUAUCUCCUGAUUUGGGGUGAGUCUGCUAACAUUCGCUUUGUUCCUGAAUGUAUUAGCUAUAUAUUUCAUAAUAUGGCUAUGGAACUCAAUAGAAUUCUAGAAGACUAUAUCGACGAGAACACAGGCCAGCCUGUGCUCCCGUCUACAAUGGGUGAAAAUGCAUUCCUGAACUCUGUGGUGAAACCCAUUUACGAGACGAUUAAGGCGGAAGUGGAUAACAGUAGGAAUGGGACUGCAGCCCAUUCGGCCUGGAGGAAUUAUGAUGAUAUAAAUGAAUACUUUUGGAGUAGGAGGUGCUUUACGAAGUUGAACUGGCCAAUUGAUGUGGGUAGCAAUUUUUUUGUGACGACCAGUAAGGCUAAGCAUGUGGGUAAAACGGGGUUUGUGGAGCAGAGAUCUUUCUGGAACUUGUUUCGGAGCUUUGAUAAGCUCUGGAUUAUGCUGAUUUUGUUUAUUCAGGCAGCUAUUAUAGUUGCUUGGGAGGAGAAGGAGUUUCCAUGGCAGGCCUUAAAAAUUCGGGAGGUUCAGGUUAAGGUUUUAACUGUGUUCCUUACAUGGAGUAUUUUGAGGUUUAUUCAGUCCCUUCUAGAUGUAGGGAUGCAGUAUCGUUUGGUGUCGAGGGAGACUUUAUGGCUUGGGGUGAGAAUGGUGUUGAAGUGUGUUGCUGCAGUAGUGUGGAUUAUUGUUUUUGGUGUUUUCUAUGGUAGAAUGUGGUCACAGAGGAACCGUGAUGGACGCUGGUCUGGUGCGGCAAAUAGGCGAGUGGUGAAUUUUCUUGAGGUAGCCUUGGUUUUCAUUUUGCCAGAGCUUCUGGCUCUAGCUCUCUUCAUUCUGCCCUGGAUUCGAAAUUUCAUUGAGAAUACAAAUUGGAGGAUCUUUUACUUGUUGUCCUGGUGGUUUCAGAGCCGAACUUUUGUUGGUCGUGGCCUUAGGGAAGGUCUUGUGGACAAUAUUAAAUAUUCUCUGUUCUGGAUUGUUGUUAUUGCUACGAAAUUUUGCUUCAGUUAUUUCUUACAGAUCAAACCCAUGAUUGCUCCGACAAAAAACCUUUUGGACAAUGGGGAUUUGAGUUACGAAUGGCAUGAGUUUUUCAACAACAGCAACAGGUUUGCAGUUGGAUUAUUGUGGCUUCCUGUGGUCUUGAUUUACCUAAUGGAUUUGCAAAUUUGGUACUCAAUCUACUCCUCAUUUGUUGGUGCUGGAGUUGGGUUGUUUGCGCACUUGGGCGAGAUUCGAAACAUGCAGCAGUUGAGGUUGAGGUUCCAGUUUUUCGCUAGUGCAAUUCAGUUUAAUCUCAUGCCUGAGGAGCAGCUACUGAAUGCAAGGGGGACACUGAAAAGCAAGUUUAAAGAUGCCAUAAGCCGGUUGAAGCUGAGGUAUGGGCUCGGAAGACCGUUUAAGAAGCUUGAAUCAAACCAGGUGGAAGCGAACAAAUUUGCCUUGAUAUGGAAUGAGAUAAUUCUAAUAUUCAGGGAAGAAGAUAUUAUCAGCGAUCACGAGGUUGAGCUGUUGGAGCUGCCUCAGAAUACCUGGAAUGUCAGGGUAAUUCGCUGGCCAUGUUUGCUCCUCUGCAAUGAGCUGCUUCUUGCUCUAAGCCAGGCAAAAGAGUUGGUAGAUGCACCUGACAAGUGGCUUUGGUAUAAGAUUUGCAAGAAUGAGUACAGGCGUUGUGCUGUUAUUGAAGCCUAUGAUAGUGUCAGGCACUUGCUGCUUGAGAUCAUUAAAUGCAACACAGAGGAACAUUCCAUUGUCGCAAUCUUGUUUCAAGAAAUCGACCACUCACUUGAGAUUGAGAAGUUCACCAAAACAUUUAAAAUGACUGCACUUCCACAGAUUCAUGCUAAGCUGAUAACUCUGCUUGAACUCUUGAUCAAACCUAAGAAAGAUCUUAACAAGGUGGUGAAUGUACUACAGGCGCUUUACGAGGUUUGCAUUCGUGAUUUCUUUAAAGAAAAGAGGAGCACGGAUCAGCUGAGGGAGGAUGGUUUAGCUCCUUCUGGACCCAUUUCUGGUGCAGGGUUGCUUUUUGAAAAUGCUGUUGAAUUGCCUGGUGCAGAUAAUGAGACUUUCUACCGUCAGGCUAGGCGAUUGCACACUAUUCUUACAUCUCGGGACUCAAUGAACAAUAUCCCAAGAAAUCUUGAGGCUAGGCGCCGAAUUGCUUUCUUCAGCAACUCCCUGUUUAUGAACAUGCCCCAUGCUCCCCAAGUUGAGAAAAUGAUGGCUUUUAGUGUUUUGACCCCUUACUACAACGAAGAAGUGCUGUACAACAAGGAACAACUUCGAACAGAGAAUGAAGAUGGGAUUUCAAUCUUAUAUUAUCUGCAGACAAUAUAUGCUGAUGAGUGGGAGAAUUUCAUAGAGCGGAUGCGCCGAGAGGGUGUGGUGAAUGAUAAUGAAAUAUGGACAAACAAGCUCAGGGAUCUUCGGCUUUGGGCUUCGUUCAGAGGCCAGACUCUUAGCCGCACUGUGAGGGGAAUGAUGUAUUACUAUCGGGCUCUUAAGAUGCUGGCUUUUCUUGAUACUGCAUCGGAGAUGGACAUCAGGGAAGGAUCACAGGAACUUGCCUUGAUGAGGCAAGGCAGCAGCUUGGAUGGUUUAAGCUCAGAAAGGUCACCAUCUACAAGGAGUCUGAGUAGAGCAGAUAGUUCAGUGGGUUUAUUGUUUAAAGGCCAUGAGUAUGGAACUGCCUUGAUGAAGUUCACUUAUGUGGUCGCCUGCCAGAUUUAUGGGGCUCAAAAGGCGAAGAAAGACCCACAUGCUGAGGAAAUUUUGUAUUUAAUGAAGAACAACGAAGCCCUUAGAGUUGCCUAUGUUGAUGAAGUUUCCUCGGGAAGGGAUGAGAAGGAUUAUUACUCUGUUCUCGUGAAGUAUGAUCAACAGUUGCAGAGGGAAGUGGAGAUCUUCCGGGUCAAGCUGCCUGGUCCCUUGAAGCUUGGAGAGGGAAAGCCAGAGAAUCAGAACCAUGCUCUUAUCUUCACUCGUGGAGAUGCAGUUCAGACCAUUGAUAUGAACCAAGAUAACUAUUUUGAGGAGGCACUCAAAAUGCGAAAUCUAUUGGAGGAGUACAGGCACUACUACGGUAUCCGGAAACCUACUAUCUUGGGAGUUCGGGAACACAUUUUUACUGGUUCUGUCUCAUCACUUGCUUGGUUUAUGUCGGCUCAAGAGACAUGUUUUGUUACCUUGGGACAGCGUGUUUUAGCAAACCCCUUGAAAAUUCGAUUGCAUUAUGGCCAUCCAGAUGUGUUUGAUAGGUUUUGGUUCUUGACUCGGGGAGGGCUUAGCAAAGCUUCUAGAGUGAUUAACAUCAGUGAGGACAUUUUUGCUGGCUUCAACUGCACGUUGCGAGGUGGCAAUGUUACUCACCACGAAUACAUCCAGGUUGGCAAGGGAAGGGAUGUCGGGUUGAACCAGGUAUCCAUGUUUGAAGCCAAGGUUGCAAGUGGAAAUGGUGAGCAAGUUCUCAGCAGAGAUGUCUAUAGGUUAGGUCACAGGCUGGACUUCUUUCGGAUGCUGUCAUUUUUUUAUACUACCAUUGGAUUUUUUUUCAAUACGAUGAUGGUCGUCCUGACUGUAUAUGCAUUUUUAUGGGGCCGACUUUAUUUAGCCCUUAGUGGGAUUGAGGCUUCUGUUUUGGCAGAUAAAAUUAACAACAAUAAAGCACUUGGAGCAAUCUUGAACCAGCAGCUCAUCAUCCAACUUGGUCUGUUUACUGCCUUGCCAAUGAUUGUUGAAAAUUCACUUGAGCAUGGGUUCCUUGCAGCCAUCUGGGAUUUCCUAACAAUGCAGCUCCAGCUUUCAACUGUGUUCUACACAUUCUCCAUGGGUACUCGAGCUCACUACUUUGGCAGAACUAUUCUUCAUGGUGGUGCAAAGUACAGGGCAACUGGACGUGGAUUUGUCGUGGAGCAUAAGAGUUUUGCCGAGAAUUAUAGACUCUUUGCUCGUAGCCAUUUUGUGAAGGCAAUUGAGCUUGGUAUGAUACUCAUCAUUUAUGCUUCCUACAGUCCUGUAGCCAAAGGCACUGUCGUUUACAUACUCUUAACCAUCUCAAGUUGGAUCCUCGUGGUGUCAUGGAUCAUUGCCCCCUUUGUAUUCAAUCCUUCUGGCUUCGAUUGGUUGAAGACCGUAUAUGACUUCGAUGAUUUUAUGAAUUGGAUAUGGUACCGUGGUGGUGUGUUUGCAAAAGCAGAGCAGAGCUGGGAAAGAUGGUGGUACGAGGAGCAGGAUCAUCUAAGAACAACUGGCCUUUGGGGAAAGAUAUUGGAAAUAGUUUUAGACCUCCGUUUUUUCUUUUUCCAGUACGGGAUUGUAUACCAGCUGGGCAUUUCUGCUGGUAGCAAAAGUGUCGCUGUUUACUUGCUGUCUUGGAUCUAUGUUGUUGUUGCUAUUGGGAUUUAUCUUGUUAUUGCCUAUGCACGGGACAAGUAUGCUGCAAAAGAACACAUCUAUUAUCGGUUGGUUCAGUUCCUUGUUAUUAUUUUCACCAUACUUGUAGUCACUGCAUUGCUGCAGUUCACCCAGUUCAAGUUUUUGGAUCUUUUUACGAGUCUGUUGGCAUUCAUUCCAACUGGUUGGGGUUUCAUUUUAAUUGCCCAAGUGCUCCGGCCCUUUCUGCAAAACAUUAUGAUUUGGGAGACUGUUGUUUCGUUGGCUCGAAUGUAUGAUAUAAUGUUUGGAGUAAUUGUUAUGGCCCCUGUGGCGCUACUCUCAUGGAUGCCUGGGUUCCAGUCGAUGCAAACCAGAAUCCUAUUUAAUGAAGCUUUUAGCAGAGGCCUGCAAAUUUUCCAGAUUGUGACCGGGAAAAAAUCGAAGGUUUAAUUAUGAUUUGAGGUUUGAUGUUGGCUUAUGAGGUGUGAAAACAAUACAGUUGAGAGGCUAGAUUUCUGAGUACGUUGCGUGUAUAAUAUACAGUGGAUGCUGCUGUUUCCGUCCAUUUUUAAUUCCAGUAGGAAAGGAGCAGACGAUCCGAUUGAUAUUUCAUCACUGGCUUCAUCUUCCCCUAACUGUUGUAAUUAAUCAUUUCCCAUACUUAGAGUUGUAAUUGAUCGGAGAACAUCUAGUUUGUAAGGUACAGCUCCUCACAUCGAUUUAUUUGUGUAAAGCCGAGGUCUUUUGUAGUAUAUUGAGAUUGUUAGAAAUUUUGUUAUUCUUUUGUUCGAAAUGCAGCUAUUCGUUUUAUUCGCUACAUUUUGUGAGUUGAUGUUGAGGGAACAAGAAAAUCAUACGCUAUUAUUUGCUUUUGUUUAA